AUGGGCCGAAGCAAGCACCAGGAGUCCGGGGAAGCGACGGAACCGGAGGAGGCCCCGGAACGGUCUUACCAGGAGCUGGUGGAGAACGUGAAUGCGAUUGCGCGGCCGCUGGCCUCCCGCAAACUCACGCGCAGGCUUUACAAGUGCAUCAAGAAAGCGGCGAAGCAUAAACAGAUCCGGCGGGGCGUGAAAGAGGUCCAGAAAUUCAUCAACAAAGGCGAGAAGGGGAUCACAGUCCUUGCAGGAGAUACAUUACCCAUUGAUGUUUAUUGUCACAUUCCCAUCAUGUGUGAAGACAGGAGCCUUCCAUACGUCUAUAUUCCUUCCAAAACGGACUUGGGAGCAGCUGCAGGUUCAAAACGCCCAACUUGUGUGAUCUUGAUCAAGCCACAUGAAGAAUACCAGGAAGCCUAUGAUGAGUGCUUGGAAGAGGUGGAGGCUCUUCCUCUCCCCUUGUGAGGAACAUUGAUGGAAGAUGCUAUUAAGACUGACCAGACUGUA